CAGUCGGGGCGAGUGUGGGAGCGCGUGGCGCGCGCCCGGGCGGCUGCCGGGAAGGAAGAUGUGACACGCUCGUCACCGACUCCAGCGCCGCGGGGUCGGACGCCGGGAGGCGCGGCGUCCGGAGAAGGUCCAUCCCGCCUCCCGCCGCCUUGGGACACUAGGUGCUGACCCCGCCGACCUGCCAUGAAACCACACUUGAAGCAAUGGAGACAAGGGGUGCUGUGCGGGAUAUUUGCCUGGGGGCUCUUCUUCGUGGUGAUUUUCAUCUACUUCACCGACAGCAACCCUGCCGAGCCCGCGCCCAGCUCCUUCUCCUUCCUGGAGACCAGGCGACUCCUGCCCGUGCAGGGGAGGCAGAGGGCCAUCAUGGGUGCAUCGGAGGGCCUACCUGAGAGUGCGGAUGCACGCACGGGGCUGCUCCAUGGACACCCGCCCGGCCCCCUGCACUCGGGGCCGGCUGACCCUCAGACAUGGGCCCAGGACGGGUUGGAAGAUGAAGGGUUCUUUUCGCCCCAGAAAGGGAGAAAAUCUCAAAGCGCUUUCCCCGCGGAGGAUGCCGCUUCGGACACGUUGGGGCCCCUCUCCCCCGGAAAGCUGGGCUGGCCUGAGAGGAUUCGGCUGGAGCAUCAGGCCCGCGGGCGGCGGGCGAAGCGCCGGCCACGGAGGCAGGGGAGGAGCGUGGUGCCUGAGGAGGACGGGGACCGGCUGUACUCGCCCCUGUCCCGGGCUCUGCUGCGCCGGCUCUGGAAGGGAGACGCGUCCUCGAGGAUGCUGCACCCGCGCCUGCAGAAGGCCAUGGGCGCCUACCUGCGCGCCAACAAGCAUGGCGUGCGCUUCCGGGGGCGCCGGGCGGCCGGGCGCAGCCGGGCGGAGCUGCUGUGCGCGCUGCGGGGCCGCGUGCGGGUGCGCACCCUGGAUGGCACCGAGCCGCCCUUCUCGGCGCUCGGCUGGCGCACGCUGGUCCCCGCCGUGCCACUCGGCCAGCUGCUACCGCGCGGGCUCCGGAGCUGCGCCGUGGUCACGUCAGCCGGUGCCAUCCUCAACUCAUCCCUAGGCGAGGAGAUAGAUUCGCAUGAUGCAGUUUUGAGAUUUAACUCUGCUCCUACACACGGCUACGAGAAGGAUGUGGGAAAUAAAACCACCAUCCGCAUCAUUAAUUCCCAGAUUCUGACCAACCCCAACCAUCACUUCAUUGACAGUUCGUUGUAUAAAGAUGUCAUCCUAGUGGCGUGGGAUCCAGCUCCUUAUUCUGCAAACCUUAACCUGUGGUACAAGAAGCCGGAUUACAACCUGUUCACUCCAUAUGUUCAGCAUCGUCAGCGAAACCCAAACCAGCCAUUCUACAUUCUGCAUCCCAAAUUUAUAUGGCAGCUCUGGGACAUUAUCCAGGAGAACACGCGGGAGAAGAUUCAGCCCAACCCGCCAUCCUCUGGCUUCAUCGGCGUCCUGCUCAUGAUGAGCCUGUGCAGCGAGGUGCACGUCUACGAGUACGUCCCGUCGGAGCGGCAGACCGAGCUGUGCCACUACCAUGAGCUGUACUACGACGCCGCCUGCACGCUGGGCGCCUACCACCCGCUGCUCUACGAGAAGCUGCUGGUGCAGCGGCUCAACACGGGAGCGCAGGGCGACCUGCACCGCAAGGGCAAGGUGGUGCUGCCUGGGCUGCGGGCUGUGCGCUGCCCGCCGGGUGCCUGAGGCCCGCCUGUCCAGCCGGCUCUGCAUCCGGAGAUGCUGGAAGGUGCCCUGGAGGCAGCGGCCUUCCGCCUGCAGCUGUAAGGUAGUGCUGGCCGUGGUGUCCGUCCCUUUUUAAGCCAUCGAGUUCUGACAACUGCUUUGAAUAUAGAAAUGGAAUUCAAAGGAAUAAACUCAAGAAAGAUGUAAAAAAAAAUUUUUUUUAAAGGAGAGCUGGGAGAAAAAAGCAAAUUAUUACAAACAGGUGCAUAGCUCCUGAAUGUCACUCUUGUCUUUACCGUGGGCACCUCAGUAGUCAGGGCUGGUUUCAGCUGCAGGGCUCAGUGACACGCCUGACACAUGGUUUGUCCCUGGAAGGUCAGUCCCUGUCACAGCUGCUGUGUCACAGGCACAUGCAUUUCUUGUGAAAGUCCCUAGGGGAGAGGACGUACUCUGGACUGUCACCCAGCUGUGUCUGUGGUCACACAGACCCCCCCCACACACACACACAGCACAUCCCAUGAGGGCUCUCCAGCCCCUGGCCUCUCCAUCUCUGCUCCCCGCUGCCCAGCGAGGGCCUUGCUCUGUGUAUUUCUAAAAUUCACACUUUUCUAAAGCCGUGGAGCACCUUUCCUGAGCGAGCAGUCCAAGAAAAGCUGACCCGAGGAGCAGCCCCAGGAGGCACCUUGUUUUCUUGCACUAUUUCCUUAGUUGACUGGGAGGCCCCCAGGCGCCGGAACACAGCGGCAGGUAAAUACAGAUUUGGGGGCAGCAGGGCCAUCCUGGACCCCAGCUUUUCUGGCCUUACCCGCCAGCUCUCCCUGAAGUCUUCUAGCUACAGGUGCUCUCCUGACCCCGUAGAGGGGAUUCCUUCCAGCCCGGAGCCGUCCCUUUGUGUCCAGGGCUGCACAGAUGUCUGUCUCAUGCAUUUUUUUUGCAGGUUCCUAUCAGCUGUUGGCAUCCUGACAGUGAUGUGCUGCUUUUCAUGAAUCUUCCUGCAGACAGAUGUUUAAGAAUCCCACCCUUGGUUUUUUGUUUUUGGGCUUUUUUCGCUUUUUAGGGCUGCAUCCACGG